GAAUCCGGCGCUGCACCAAACAACUUGAGCUUCCACCGUCGUCGCUGCCUCACAUCGCCAACUCACGGAUCAAGGGCCCCUCGUCUCGGCCCCUCACCUCACACCGGCUCGGGCGACGACAUCGAGACGGACGCCGCUUGCGCAGGCCGCAGCGCCCUUGGACCCGUUCCCCUUUUGUCGCACAUGAUACCUGAGACGACAGCCACAUCUAUCUGCAAGGCUUCUCGACACGGCUCUGCUGCGCUCCCUCGCACUCACCCUCGGCGCUUGUCCCUCGUGGGCACGGCACCGAGUACAAAGUACCUUGGGUAGCGGCUUGCGAGGAGUGUCGUCGCGCCCGGCGCAUCGCAGAGCCGACGUGGGCUCGCCACCAUCAUUCAUCCGGCCAACCCGUCUUCGCUUAUUACCUAGUUACCACCUACCUACCUACUAAGUUACUAUACCUUACCUUCAAUUUGCCUCCUUCGUACCUUGCCUUGGGUACCAACCAGUGCGGAGAGCACCGGCACCUACUUCGUACUAUCUAGGUACCUACCUUUAUCGAGCUGCGCCGUGCGGCAGGGACCGGACCCUCUCGAGUCUCAAACCCAGACGGGGAGGCGGAGCUCCUGACAGGACAGGCAGGCGCGGGCGGGCACCAGACGCCGGUACCGUAAAGUACCUACCUUGCCUCCUCGCCUUCUUCCCUCUUCGCCUGGGCUUGCGCUGCGCUGAGAGCUUGCUUGACAUAAGCUCUGGCUACCGCUUAUACACACCUCGCGGGCACCAUCUUCUUUCCCUUCCAUCGCGCCGCCUACCACCUAGCCUCCAUUUUGACCUUGCAUCGACACAAACCUUUUCCCGCAGGCCUUUGGCGCGAACGCACAGUCUGCCUUUUGGCCAUCUCAACCAGCAGUUCUUAGGUCCACUACCGGCCAGUAAACUCUCUGCGCAGCUUUUCGACACGGCAUCUUUGCAAAUAAAUAGUCGCUCCCGUUUAUAUCGACGACGACGACGACGACGACGACGACGUGCCCUUUGUCACCGUCACUGGUCGCCCGCCCGCUUCGUGCAUCAGCUGCAACUCGCUCGCCCUCCCUCACCCAGCAGCUGAUCGUGCUCGGCAGUCUCGGCCUCGCUGCAUUCUCCCGGGCAACGUCGCCGACUUGCGAUGCGAAAGCUCUCUACGGCUUCUGCUUGCCCAAUUGAUCAACCGCCUCACUCAAUCACAUAGCACCUGCCCGCCUCGGAGCUGUCUCGCCUCAUCAUCUGCACCGACCUACUACUGCGCAUGGUGGGGUCAAGAUGCCACCACGCUCGUCCUUGACAUCCUCCUUCUCAAUCACAGACGCUACCAACGAAGUCGUCUGCCCUCUCCGCAAUCAGGAUGGCUCUAGCUGUCGCAAGCGAUGUGUCGGCGUGAGUUUACCUGCUUCUCUUUGGCCGCGUAUCAGCUGCGUCGGCCUCGUGCCCUGCUUGCAUGCAUGGUCACGACGACUUGCUCAGCUCCAGCUGCCAUGGCGCUGCUGCGCUUCUGUAUCCCGAUCCGAUGCGGCUGCAAUAGAUCACUGACCAUUUCACUCGUCGCACAGGAAAAGCGAUAUCGCUCCAUGCAGGAGCAUAUCCGCCGGGCGCACCCUGAACACUAUAUCCCCAAGCUCCCCGCGACCGAGGAAAGCUUCCUACUCAUGAUUAGCUCCCCGCCCCAGGAGCGCCGCAACGACCAGCCCACAUCAUCUGCCGCUCAGAACCUCAACGACAGAGGCAAUUAUUAUCGUGACACACCAAGCAACCCUGCUCGCGCAGCGGCGGCUCUCGCCGAACUUCACGGUAUCAAGUCUGAGCGAGACAUUGACAUGGAUGGCGGUUACUAUUCGGACUCGGAUGGGCGGCGCAUUCCUCGAAGCUCGAUUGAGCUGCCUCCCCUCAACCUGUCUCACAACGACAUCACCAGUGAUCCAUUCUCUGGAGGCAGGCCACGCGAGAUCCUGCCAUCGCUCAUGGCACAUUCGCCUCCUGGCCGGUCCUCGACCCUGCCCCCGCUGCAGAGACCCCUCGGCCAACAAAGCCGCCCUCGGAAGCAGUCGGUGUCGAAGCGCGGCCGCGAGCCUCACCACAAGAAGAAGAACUCCAAGGGGCAGAACAUUGACCUCUUUCGCCGUCUUCAGAACGAGGAGCCUCCAAGAUAUGGUGGUGGCUUUGAUCGGAAGGCUCUGUCUGCAGAACCGUCCGCAAACCGCGAUAAGCGGUGGGCAGACUUGAUUGACGCCGCCGCGGCUUCCGCCGCGGGCGACCUGGACGAUCGCACUCCAGUUCCUCAGUCACCCGUUUCCAUCCAGCGAGGUUCUUUGCCACCGUUCCACCAUCCGCAGCCAGCUCAACCGACGAGCUAUCAGGCCUCUCCUCUACAACAGGCUCUCACUCCACCAUCAUUCAACCAAGAUGUUGCCGAGCCUUUUCCAUCAGUGGAAAGCGGCGAGAGUGGCGAGACAUUUCACAUGGGCUCCCAGGGACUCUCGGAAUCGUCGCCGAGCUACGGCUCUUCGCAAAACAUCCAGAUUUACUGCGCCGCCUGCCAGGGAGUGUCACAGCUCAAGAACUCGUACGCAUGUACCGAGUGCAUCUGUGGGCUGUGUUCUACCUGUGUCGGUGUCCUCAUGGCAGAGCAGGGAGCGCAUAGGAAAUGUCCCCGCUGUGCUACCAUCGGCGGCCGGUUCAAGCCUUUUCAGCUCGAAAUCAGGUGAUGUGACCAUCUUCUAGGAUUCGUUUUCCCCAUGCAUGUUCGCCUGCCUUUCCCGGUGCGGGGACGAAAAAAGCACAAGACAAACGACCCGACAUCCUUUCUAGCAUCAUCAACAGGCGCCCUGGACGGCAUCAUGAUACAGUUCUGUUUUCGCUCUCGCUUUAUUUCGCCCCGGGCAACACGCCUUCAUGUUGAUUUCCCAGAGGCACGUAUUUUGCCACGGGAUUUAUGGCUUAGCUGGUCGGUCGGGCCUGGCUUGCGCCGCGCGCGGUACAUAUGGUAGGUUUUACUCCCGCUCACCUCCACGGUGACUUUUGGAUACUGGCGUUCAGAUUGGUUUGACAACACUGCACUGGUUGGGUAUUUUGGGUAGGCAAGGUCCUCUCUGCCUCGGUGUUUUUUGGUUACUUGCUGGAGAUGUUUUACUCCAUUGGGUCGGCCGGGGAUGGUUUAAUUACGGAGGCCGGAACGUCUCAUUUCACGCCUCGUGUUAGGCAGGCGCAUUGUUACGUACUGCAAUGAACGAAUGCU